UUCUCCUUGAAAUCAGAGUAUCGAGAAAACACCGAGUUCGCAUGGGUUUUGGGGCGAUUUGCAAAUGUGACACGUCAAACUCUACAGCAGAUGCCGAUCAAAAUGGUCGAAAAUGGCUGUAAAAGCUUUUCAGAAGAACCGCUCGGUGUCUCAUGAACAAGCUCUUCAGACAUGAAAGUCAGGUACACUGUGGCUCUGAAAGACUAUUAUUCUGAGAGAGGCCAGUGUGCAGGUCGUAGGAGCAGGAGCACUACCGUGGGAGAUUCAUUCUUUGAGUUUGCUGGGUUUGUUUCGCAACUGCAAGGUUGAAGACAAGGGCGAUAGAUAUGCGCACCUUAUCCUGGGAGGCGACGGCUCCCAGAUCAAUUCUUUUGGGGAUUUCUUGGGCUCAUGGCUCUCCAGGAAUGCUAUUUGGGUCUAGUCAAGUUAGAGCGCACAGGUUAGAACGCUUAGGAAGGGCGGCCCUCAUAAGCUGUAGAUGUGCUGCAGCGAAUUCCUUUAAUUACCCUUCAGUGGAGGACGAACGGCCAGUGUCUCCCCAGCAGUGUACAUAUGGGGCGCUUAAUGUUCUUUGGGUUGCUUCGGAGCUGAAACGUUUGCUUACAAUGCAGAAGAAUCUGGGUGAUGGUCUAGUGCUGACAAGGGGUCAGUGGAGCUGGGACGUUCAAGAGCGAACUCAUUAUCAUUUUAAAGGCUUGAUGCAAUUUUGCAACACAUCAAGCAGGUUUGAACUUUUUGUGCCAGAAGUUUCAGCGAAGUUACAACUUCUGUCGAACUCUUCGGUUGAUUCAAUUACUGCCACUGUAAAGAUUUUUUCCCAGCACCCCAAUGAGAAGUUACCAAAGCGUGAUGAUGGAUAUUGGCGAGCAUACAUUACUCGUGCUGGAGAGUCCACUGCUAUGCAGGUGGAAGUGGACUUGCAAGCUAAGGAUGAGAAGGCUCUUGCAGAACUGCAGGCAGUACGUGUUGACGUGGACUAUAUCUCGUAUGGCCCACAUGGACGGACAGCUCACAGCCAGCAUGUAUUACUGCCCGUCCAGUACUCACUCAAGGCAUCAAGUGAUGUCCAAUGGCGGAAGUUGGAGAAAGUUGGGAGUGUUCUACCAAUCAGUACUCAUCUUCUUUCUCAUCUAGAUGAUCCUCUGCAAGUUUUGAAGAUGUAUGCGAUGUCACAUGCUAAGGAUGGAGACAUCAUUGCAAUUGGUGAAACUCCUCUUGCAAUCAUGCAAGGACGUUUUCGGCAUCCGAAGGGAGUCCAUCCUGGAUUGCUAGCGAAGUUGGUGUGCCGGCUGUUCCAUCCAACCUCAUCUCUCGCCACGGCAUGUGGCAUGCAGUCUCUCAUUGACAUCAGUGGACGGCUGCGAAUUGUGUUUGCUGUCAUUUUUGCUGUAGUUGCGAGAUUGGUAGGCGUUCGGGGCAUGUUCUACAGGCUCGCAGGAGCACAAGCUAGGUUGAUAGACGAUGUCACUGGAACUCUUCCUCCUUAUGACCAGUUCAUCACGCUCGGACCGCUUCGAGUGCAGGAGACAGUUGAUGCCCUUAAAGCUAAAACAGGUUGUGAGGUUGCUGUGGUUGAUGUGAAUGAUUUGAAGAAAGUUCAAAUACUUGCGGCUUCUGAUGGUGUUGAUCAUAAAGCUCUCGAAUCAGCGCUUCUAGACAAUCCCGCAGGUAAUGCCGACGAGCAAACACCCCUAGUCCUUGUGCGAACUUCAUGAUGACAAGACACACACUGCAGCAGUCUAUAGACCGAAGGCGAUUGUUGUCUAAAAUUUUAGCCCCAUUGGCAACUAGGUCAAGAAAUCUGACCAUAAUGUUUAGUUAUCGCUUGUCCAUGUCGGGACUCAGAGAUGAAUGACAACUUUAGUGGGGAAAUACUUUUGGCUGCCUAGAAAAUCAGAUUUCUAACUCAGUGUAAGCCAUAUUGAAGACCAAAUCGUUCUCUCCUGUGCAAUUAUGAGUGUCUGCAACAAACUCUAGAAUGCUGACAAGACGUUGAUACCAA